UCAACAGCGACAAGGAUUUUGCUUUCAAAGAUUUUCGUUUCUGGAUCCGAGAUUGAGACCCUGAGAUUUUGCAGUAUUGAGAUUCGAAAUUAGCAAUGGCGGCUUUUCUCAAGCUAGAAGAUUCUCCUAUGUUUCAAAAGCAGGUAUGUUCUUUGGAGUCGAUGGCUGAUGAGUUGAAAAAUCGCUGUCAAGUACUGACCGAAGGAAGUAGAAAAUAUAUAGCAGCUCUUGGAGAAGCAUAUAAUGCAGACAAUAGCUUUGCUGAGUCUUUAGAAGCAUUUGGUUGUGGACAUGAUGAUCCUCUUAGUGCCUCCAUAGGAGGGCCGAUCAUGUCCAAGUUCAUCAGUGCCUUUCGUGAGCUCGCUAGCUAUAAGGAGUUGCUUUUUUCACAAGUGGAGCAUGUGUUAGUUGAUCGGCUAAUGCACUUUACAACUGUUGAUUUGCAAGAUGCAAAGGAGUCUCGUCAACGAUUUGACAAAGCUACGAAUGGAUAUUCUCAGGCACGUGAAAAGUUCAUGUCUUUGAAGAAGAACACACCGGGAGAUGUUGUUGCUGUGCUAGAAGAGGAUCUAGAGAAUUCAAAAUCUGCUUUUGAAAGAACCCGCUUCAAUUUAGUAAAUUCUCUAAUGAAUAUUGAAGCAAAAAAGAAGUAUGAGUUUCUAGAAUCUAUAAGUGCAAUUAUGGAUGGCCAUCUUAGAUAUUUUAAGCUGGGGUAUGAAUUAUUGAGCCAGUUGGAACCAUUUAUUCACCAGGUAUUGACAUAUGCUCAACAAGCAAAAGAAUUAGCAAAUGCUGAGAAAAAUAAGCUUGAAAAACGUAUUCAAGAAUUCAGGACUCAAGCCGAGAUAGAUAGUUUACGAGCUUCUGGUAACAUUGAGCCUUCAACAAGUUCUGGUGGCAUUCAUGUUAUUGGCGUGAACUCAGACAAAAACAUAGAGGCAAUCAUGCAGUCCUUUACAAAUGGGGAGGUCCAGGUAAUCAAGCAAGGAUAUUUGUUAAAGCGCCCUUCAAGUUUGAGGGGAGACUGGAACAGGAGGUUCUUUGUACUUGAUAGUCAAGGAACUUUAUACUAUUACAGGAAUAAGGGUACUGAACCAAUGGGUUCUCUCCAUCAGUAUACUGGUUCGGCUGAACACAACAGUGGUGUAUUUUCAAGAUUUCGUGCUAAUCAUAAUAGGUCAUCAUCAUUUAAUGAAGAAACUUUGGGCUACCAUACCAUUGAUCUUCGUAUUUCAACAAUAAAAAUGGAUGCAGAAGAUACAGAUUUACGGCUUUGCUUCAGGAUCAUAUCUCCACUGAAAACAUACACAUUGCAGGCUGAAAAUGGGGCAGAUAGAAUGGACUGGGUUAACAAAAUAACUGCAGUUAUUACUUCUCUUUUCAAUUAUCGUAUCCGGCAGCAGCAUGUGGAGAAUAAUGAUUAUUCUCACAGCGUGUCUUCGAAUGCUAGGUCACCUAAUAGCCUUCCUCCUUUAGGGACUGACCGAGUUAGCAACAGAGCAAAACCUGUCUCAGCUGUUCUCAGAGAAAUUUCUGGAAAUGAUGUUUGUGCAGAAUGCAAUGCUCCAGAACCAGACUGGGCAUCUCUUAAUCUUGGCAUAUUAUUAUGCAUCGAAUGCUCAGGUGUUCACCGUAAUCUUGGUGUACACGUUUCAAAGGUGAGAUCUUUGACGUUAGAUGUCAAAGUGUGGGAAUCCUCAAUUGUGGAAUUAUUUCGUUCUCUGGGUAAUGCGUACUGUAACUCUGUAUGGGAAGGUUCCCUUCAGAAGAAUGAGAGAGUGGAUGAAUCAAAUGCUCAUGGCACAUCAAUAACAAAACCAUGCGCCAAAGAUCCGAUUUCCCAUAGAGAGAAAUACAUUAAUGCUAAGUACGUUGAGAAAUUGCUAAUCGUCAGAGAUGCAGUGCAACCUGGGGUUUUUCCAAACUCUGCUAACAUUUGGCAAGCAGUUAAGGCUGAUAACUUACGAGAAGUGUAUCGUCUAAUUGCAAUAUCAGACACCAAUAUUGUCAAUACCACCUUUGAUGAUGUUUUUACCAUUGAGUUGUAUCACCAUGUUGUUGAUACACAAGACUCAUCACUUGAUAGUGACAAAGAGGAAAGGGAUCCAUCAUCCUGUCCAAGAAUCAAGGAUUUGAAUGAGCCAGGGAAUUGUCUACAAGGUUGUUCCAUUUUGCAUCUGGCAUGCCAACGUGGCAAUCCUGUGAUGGUUGAGCUGUUGCUGCAAUUUGGUGCUGAUAUAAAUAUGCACGACUUCCAUGGCAGGACUCCUUUGCACCAUUGCGUUUCUGAAGGGAACAACCCAUUGGCAAAGCAUCUACUGAGAAGAGGCGCACGAUCAACCAUUAAAGAUUGGGGUGGAUUAAGUGCUUUAGAAAGGGCUAUGGAAAAGGGAGCCAUUGCUGACGAGGAACUCUUUAUUUUGCUAAGUGAAAGCUAGUGAAACAAGCUUGGGUUACCCCAAAUUUGUAAGUUUGCUUUCUCUCCCAUGGUUUCCACUCAUGUUGACUGUUGUUCCAUGUAGCAUAACAAGAACCUGUUAUUGUCUUGGAAUCUGUCGACAUUACCGAAUUUUUUAUCGUAUAAUAUCUAAAACUAGAUGUAUUGUUGAAUGGUAAUUGUUUGGAGCCUUCCCUUUGUGCUUGCAAUGGUGGGAUGAUUUUCUCUGUUGAUUGUAUUUUACUAACAGUCCCUGAACUUGAGGGGAAACUUGAAAUAGAGGGGCAGUGGUGGUAUAUUAUACUAUGUUGAAGGUAUGUGGGUGGGGUUCUGUUGUUAUUUCCCUAUAGAUCCAUUUUCAUAUUCGAUUUGGGAAGAGUUUUGUGAUUGAUGUUGAUUUACCUAAUGUAUGUGGCGUUGGAUUUUAUA